AUGUCAAGGAAAAAACCUACACCUACAACGAACUCGCCGGCUUCGGCUCCAUCCCCUCUAACGCAAGAGACAAAUUCGGCGACACCAUCAGCAUCGGCUCCUCAGCCGCCAUCACCAACUGGAAGAAGCGAUCUGCCGGUGGCAAAAGCAAGCAAACCUACUACACCGGCACCCUCUAUGGCCUCCCAGACAGAGGGUGGAACACCCAAGGCACCCAAAACACCAUCCCUCGCGUCCACAUAUACGACGUGA